CAUCAAAAAGGUGGUUGUUGUUAUAGUCAAAUAAAAAUCCUAGUCAAAUAAAAGCUUCUCUGCACAAGAAAAGCAACUACUUCACAUAUUAGACUUUUUUUUCCGUCACCGGAGAAUCUCAUCGCCGGCAAACUACCACAAUUCUCCGAUUUCAUGUUUUAAUUCUAAGCAUGGGGAACUGCAACGCGUGUUUAAAAUCAGACGUAGUCGGUUCAGACCGGAAAACAACCGACCCGAACCGGGGUAAAAAAGGAAGAAAAACCAAACCGAACCCAUACUCCGACGAAUCGUUAAACUCAUCAGCAACGAUUCGUGUUCUAAAGGAUUCAAAUCCGCGAAACCGAAUCGGAGAUAAAUAUAUAUUAGGCCGUGAGCUCGGUCGCGGUGAAUUCGGUAUAACGUAUCUAUGUACAGACAAAGAGACGAAGCAGGAGUUGGCUUGCAAGUCGAUUUCGAAGAGGAAGUUGAGGACGGCGGUGGAUGUGGAGGAUGUUCGGCGGGAGGCGGCGAUCAUGGCGACGUUGCCGGAGCAUCCGAAUAUUGUGAAGCUGAAGGCGACUUAUGAGGAUGAUGAGAAUGUUCAUCUUGUUAUGGAGUUGUGUGAAGGGGGUGAGUUGUUUGAUAGGAUUGUUGCGAGGGGGCAUUAUAGUGAACGCGCUGCGGCGAAUGUUGCGAGGACGAUUGCGGAGGUUGUUAGGAUGUGUCAUGCGAAUGGGGUUGUGCAUAGGGAUCUUAAGCCGGAGAAUUUUCUUUUUGCUAAUAAGAAGGAAAAUUCUCCGCUUAAAGCUAUUGAUUUUGGCCUCUCCGUUUUCUUCAAGCCUGGGGAGAAAUUUUCGGAGAUUGUGGGGAGUCCUUACUAUAUGGCACCAGAGGUUUUGAAGAGGAAAUAUGGUCCAGAGGUUGAUAUAUGGAGUGCAGGGGUGAUUCUAUAUAUUUUGUUAUGCGGGGUGCCUCCGUUUUGGGCUGAGACUGAACAAGGGGUUGCUUUGGCGAUUUUGAGGGGAGUAAUUGACUUCAAGAGGGAGCCUUGGCCUCAGAUUUCUGACAGUGCCAAGAGUCUCGUGCGUCAGAUGUUGGAACCUGAUCCUAAAAUACGCUUGACUGCCGAACAGGUGCUUGAACAUCCAUGGCUACAAAAUGCAAAGAAAGCUUCGAAUGUUCCAUUAGGAGAUAUUGUGAGGACAAGGCUUAAGCAGUUCUCGUUGAUGAAUAGAUUCAAAAAAAGAGCUCUCAGGGUAAUUGCAGAACAUUUAUCUCUUGAAGAAGUAGAAAUAAUCAAAGACAUGUUUACAUUGAUGGACACUGAUAAAAAUGGCAGAGUAACAUAUGAGGAACUGAAGGCUGGUUUGCAGAAGGUUGGUUCGCAACUGGCCGAGCCAGAGAUAAAGUUGCUGAUGGAUGUGGCUGAUGUUGAUGGGAAUGGAGUGCUUGAUUACGGAGAGUUUGUAGCUGUGACGAUUCACUUGCAAAGAAUGGAGAACGAUGAACAUUUCCGCAAAGCAUUCAAGUUUUUUGACAAAGAUGAUAAUGGGUAUAUUGAGUUUAGUGAACUAGAAGCAGCAUUAGUUGAUGACUUAGGAGAAACUGAUACUAAUGUACUGAAUGAGAUCAUGCGAGAAGUUGACACUGACAAGGACGGUCGCAUCAGUUUUGAGGAGUUUGUGGCCAUGAUGAAGACGGGAACUGAUUGGAGAAAAGCAUCCAGGCAAUAUUCUAGGGAGAGAUUCAAGAGCCUGAGCAUAAACUUGAUGAAGGACGGCUCACUUCAGCUUCAUGACGGGAUAAGUGGUCAAGCUGUUGUGGUCUAAGUAUACAUAUAUUUCUUUCUUCAACACUGGUGUUCACUCAGUUUCCCUCUCUCAUCCACUGCAUAAUAUUCUUUAAUGUAUGGUUUGUGUUAUCUCUCCAUAAAAGCAAUCAAGUUUUUGGAGUGUACUGACUACCUUGAGUUGGAGUUGGGGGACUUAGGUUUCUCAACUGGUUUGGUGCUGGAUGGUUGACGCAUGUAUUGGAGGAUUGUAUACUGAAGAUUGUUUUAUAACUUGCAGUAAAAAAAUUAUGGAGGGCUGGAGUCACAUGCUGCAUACCUCAAAAUGUCACAUAUAUUCAUUUUAUACUUAUUUCAUGUUACUUAUGUUUUCACAAUUUUAGUCUUGGCUUUUGUCCAGGAAUACUUUGCCUCUAUCAAAACUUUCACUUUGUUUGUAAAAAAUGCAGAAUUCUUGGGUUUUUUUUCUUGUAAGUUAUUACUUGUGUUCACAGGCUCUUCCAUUUUAGUCUUUGUCCAAGGAAAAUGAAGAUUGAAGUGAAAGAGAAACAUUAGUAACCAUAUUUGUGUUUCAUUCUUGUAACCAUUUGUCAUUUGUGGUCAAAUACAAUUGUGAAGAUGUCAAGAUCAAGAU